CGUUAUCUUUCAUGGUCGCGGAUCGUAUCGUCUGGGGGACUGGGGUCGCCGUCUAAUAUCUUAUCUACAGUGGAGUGACCUGCAAGACUAAGCACUUUUCGCAGCGCUUUUCUGUGCGAGAAGUCGAUUUAGUUGCACGUAAGUUUCACACACUUGUUGCUUCUCAUACGAAGUUUGCGGCCCGAACUGCGACUGCGAUGUCGGAGAAAGUUUUGGUGGUGGGCGGCGGCGGCCGGGAGCACACGCUCGUGUGGAAGCUCGCACAGUCACCCCGAAUUCAAACGAUCUACGUUUCACCUGGAAAUGCAGGAACAAGUUCUGAGUCCAAAGCUGUGAACGUUUCUCUCAAUGUCAAGGACAACAGCGCAGUUGUCGAGUGGUGCAAGGGGAACGAUAUUUCUCUCGUCGUCGUCGGACCGGAGGAGUACCUCUGCAAUGGCCUGGCGGACGAACUUCUGGCAGCGGGUGUCAAGUGCUUCGGCCCGAGCGCGAAGGCCGCGGACAUCGAAGCGAGCAAGGCGUUCUCGAAGGAUUUUAUGGCGAAGCAUGGUGUGCCAACAGCGCAGUAUCAAACAUUCACGAACGCCGAGAGUGCAAAGACAUACAUAACCAAUGCUGACUUCCCAGCACUAGUAGUGAAGGCUAGUGGCCUUGCAGCUGGAAAAGGCGUUAUUGUUGCAGAAGACAAAGCUGAGGCUCUCGCAGCAGUCGAUAUGAUCAUGAAGGAUAAAACCGUCGGAGUUGCGGGAGAUACUGUCGUCGUUGAGGAACUUUUGGAAGGCGAUGAAAUUUCUGUCUUGGCAUUUACGGAUGGUGUCAAUGUUUCCUUGAUGCCAGCUGCACAGGACCACAAGAGGCUCAAGGACGGAGACCAGGGGCCCAAUACCGGUGGCAUGGGAGCUUACUGCCCUUGUCCUUUAGUGUCUGAUGAAGUCCUGGAGCAGGUCAAGGUAGACGUCAUAGAGAGGACUGUAAAUGGGCUAAUGAAAGACGGAAGGAAGUUUGUUGGUGUCUUGUAUGCUGGUCUCAUGCUUACGAAGAAUGGGCCAAAGGUUCUGGAGUUCAACUGUCGUUUUGGUGACCCUGAAACUGAAUCAAUUCUUCCUCUUCUGGAAUCCGACCUUUAUGAAACAAUGCUGGCUUGCGUUGAGGGCAACCUUCCCAGAGCUUUACCUGUCUGGAAGAAGAACUUGUAUGCAGUUGGCGUGGUUCUUGUCAGCGGUGGGUACCCAGGCAGCUAUCCAAAGGGCAAGGUCAUCAGUGGCCUCGAGAAGGCUACCGAGCACGGAGUUAUAAUCUUUCACGCUGGAACUGCUAAAAGUGACAACCACAUUGUGACUUCCGGAGGGCGUGUCAUGGUCUGUCUUGCACUUCACAGUGACCUGCGGACUGCCAAGCAGCUGGCUCAGUUGGGCGCCGAGUUUGUUCGAUUUGAUGGAAAAUUCUUUCGCCAAGAUAUUGCCUUCCGUGCCAUCGGCAGGGUGUCCAAGAAAGACCCUCUGACAUAUUCCAUGUCAGGUGUGGACAUUGCAGCUGGAGAUCGUCUGGUAAAGAGUAUCCGGUCUUUGACAGACUCCACCAAGAGGCCCGGCACCAUGGGUUCUAUUGGUGGAUUUGGAGGCUUGUUUGAUCUCAAGGCAGCAGGAUACAAGGACCCUGUUCUGGUCUCUGGAACCGAUGGAGUAGGAACGAAGCUGAAGAUCGCACACGCCUGUCAUGCCCACGACACAAUUGGCAUUGACCUUGUUGCAAUGUGUGUUAAUGACAUUCUUGUCCAAGGUGCUGAGCCCCUUUUCUUCUUGGACUAUUUUGCUUGCGGGAAGUUAGAUCCAGGAGUAGCAAAACAAGUUGUUGCAGGGAUCGCCGAGGGCUGCAGGCAAUCAAAGUGCUCACUUAUUGGUGGUGAGACAGCGGAGAUGCCCGGGAUGUAUGCAGUUGGUGACUAUGACCUGGCUGGAUUUUCUGUCGGAGCCGUCGAGAGAGACAAGGUUCUUCCUCGUAACGACAUUAAGGACGGUGACCUCGUUCUCGGCUUUCCAUCUUCGGGCUUCCACAGCAAUGGCUACAGCUUGGUCCGGAAAGUAGUUGAAAGAGCGGGACUACGUUACAGCGACAGGGCUCCAUUUGACAAAUCGAGGCAGCUAGGAGAAGUGCUACUCACUCCAACUAGGAUUUAUGUCAAACUCUUGCUGAAUGCCGUAAAGAGUGGGUACGUUAAAGCUCUAGCCCAUAUCACUGGGGGUGGGCUUACGGAAAACAUCCCCAGAGUUCUGCAGCCCGGGUUUGGCGUCUUCCUCGACUGUAACAACUGGACCAUCCCGCCAGUCUUCCAGUGGGUUGCCAGCGAAGGAAAUAUUGGAGAUGAAGAAAUGCUGAGGACAUUCAACUGCGGUCUUGGCAUGGUUGCCAUAGUUUCGCCAGAAGAUGCACAGGCCGUCAUCGAUGAGUCGGAAGGCGAAGCUCGUGUGGUUGGUCAUGUUCUCAACAUUGAAGAAGGAUCUCCAAAGGUGAAUGUGCGGAACUUCAGGGAGUCCCUGAACACGCGACCAGGCGAAGUAAUCAAAAAGAAGUUUGGCGUUCUCAUCUCUGGAUCUGGGACUAAUCUCCAGGCCCUAAUUGACCACAUCAAGAAAAUGGACGGCAGAAGUGCCGCAGAGAUUGUGCUCGUUAUUUCCAAUAUCGAUGGUGUCGAGGGUCUUCGCAGGGCACAGGGAGCUGGUAUCCCAACAAAGGUCAUAAGUCACAAGGGAUACAAGAAUCGCGUCGAAUAUGACAUGAAAAUUCACGAGGCCCUGACGGCGGCUGGCGUGGAAUUUAUUUGCCUGGCAGGGUUUAUGCGCAUAAUUUCUGCAGAGUUCAUCAGCAAGUGGUACGGCAAGAUCCUCAACAUUCACCCAGCAUUACUUCCGUCUUUCAAAGGCCACGAUGCUCAUAAACAGGCACUGGAGUCUGGAGUGAGAAUCACUGGAUGUACAGUUCACUUUGUUGUUCCAGAGGUGGAUGCAGGAGCAAUAGUCCUCCAGGGAGCUGCACCAGUUGAGCUCGAUGACACAGUGGAGACCCUGUCAGAACGCGUUAAGAAGGUUGAACACAGAAUCUUUCCGGAAGCAAUGGAGCUCUUAGCGCAAGGAAAGGUCGUGCUCCGUCCAGAUGGAAAGAUUGCUUUCAAGAAAGAUGUGUUAUGAAAUGUGUUUCACCCAAGCACGUAGUGCUUGCAAUGAUCAUUUUUCUACCAGGCAUCAAUGCAUUGCAUCUAAAUAAAAAUGUUUUAGUUAUGAA